AUGGCUCUGUACAACGGGAACUUGAAGUUGAUUGCGUGCGUGGCUUCCACCCGUUUAUUUCAGACACAGUCGCAUUUACGCGCAUAUAACUCUAGGGUCACUGGCCCUACAGGGGCGGGAAAAACGACGUUCAUCAAUUAUGUGUGCGGUUCAAACUUGGAAGUAGGAACAGGCCUUCGGUCGUGUACGAAGGAUAUCGGCGUCGCAUAUUGCAUGAUGGGCGAUGCCAAGGUCGUGCUCAUCGACACGCCAGGUUUCGAUGACACGACAAAGUCGCAAGCGGAUGUCCUCGAGGACAUAGGCCGGUUUCUGAAACAAACAUAUGAGAAAGACAUCAAGUUGACAGGCGUCAUAUACAUGCACCGCAUCUCCGACCGCCGCGUUGGGGGCAUCGCGCGAAAGAAUUUCAGGCUCUUCGGGAAGAUUUGCGGUCCGGAGGCAAUGAAGAAUGUGUUCAUCGUGACUACGAUGUGGGAGGACGUUUCGGAGGAGGUUGGACAGGCACGAGAGCAGGAGCUAGUGUCCAAGCCGAUCUUCUUCCAGCCAGCCGUUGCGGAGGGAGCGAAAUUAGUCCGACACCAGAAGACAGCAGAGUCGGCCCAAUCGAUCGUAUGUUCACUCAUUAACAACGCCGCGCGGGGUCUUCAGAUGCAACGCGAACUCGUGGAGGAGAGGAGGCAAGUGCCGGAAACCGCAGCGGGCUGUGACCUACUCGCAAUCCUCGUAGAACAAGAGGAAAGACACCAGCGAGAGAUGCUGAACCUCAGAGAGGAGAUCAAGUCGGCAGGAAAGAUGGAGAUUGUCCGGCUCAAAGAGGAGUUGAAGAAAGUCAAGGAGGAGCUCAGGCGGGUCAAGGGGGAAGAGGAUAAACUGCGUGGUGGCAACGGCCUCUUUCGCUUCCUACGAGUAGGAUGGCGCAUCGAAUAUCGGGUUCUGCUUUGCUGGAAGGUUCACCAUAUCCUAGAGUCACAGUAA